CAGACAUAAAUGCUGUAUGAUUUUUUAUACGAUCGUAUACAGAAAUUGCAUGUAUAACCUUUAAAACAUUGAACAGCAUUUGUGUCUGAUACUGUACUUAAUUUUGUCGGUAUCUUUGCUACUGAGCUUAUUGAGGAACUCAGAAAACGACGUCUGAACAGCUGAGUGAACUUUUUACGGUAAUAAAUUUUUCUUAAAUCGAAAUUAAUUCAUGUAUCCUUCUUCAUUGAGUACAGCAAAAUUUUAAUUUAAAAAAAUGAAUUUUUUUUUUCCAACAUUCAAUCAUUAUGAAUAAUUUUUAACUCAAGAAAUUAAUCAAAAUAUUGAUAUUGAGAAAUAUGAACAUGGAUUCAUUAUCAGAAGAAUUAGAAAAAAUCAAAAUUUCCAACUUUUCUUCAAGUCUAAUUCGAAAUUUUAUUUAUCUAAUUGAAAAUACUUAUGUUCCACAAUUUUCUCAUGGAGAACAUCAUCCAUGUGAUGAACAUGACUACGAAGAUUUUCGCAAAAUUAUUGAUACCAAUUUAGAACAGAUAAAAUAUAAUUUUUAUGAUGUUUUAAAAUCUAUUAAAGAUGAUUGUGAUAAACAAUUACCAAUAUUGAUUCAUCUAAUUAUCAUUGUUGGGGAGCAAAGUGAACAAAGUCACUGGAAUACUCAGAAAUCCGUCUCUCUUGCUCAUAAUAUUUUAGAAGAAAUUUGCAAUUUUUUAAACAUAGAAAGAAUAUCACAAUUCUUUACUAAUAAUCUUAAUGAUAAUUUGAAAAAAGUUUUAAUAACUUUACGGCCUAAAUUAUUAAAAAAUACAUGGAAGAAUUACCCUGCGGCUGUAUUAUGUUAUAAAUGGAUUUUACAUCAAACUCAGGCUCCUAAACUAUUAGAAUAUCUAUCAGAUGUUUUACCAACUGCUUUAAUUAUCUAUGAUGACUAUGUGCCAGCAAAUAGGAUUUUAGGAUUAAAAUGUAUUCAUAAAAUUUUAGAACAUUCCUCUAUGCAACAUGAAUUUGUAAGAAGUGGAUAUGUUGAUGUACUUUAUGAUGCCCUAGAAAAGUUAACUCGACAUCGAGAAACAGAGUAUAUAAUUCCUUUAUACUCUUGUUUAACAACAGUGUUAAUGAAUCUCGAAUAUGGAAAUACAUCUAAUACAUACGAGUGGACCAAAAGAGAUAACAUAAUAGGAACACUUUUAGAUAAUAUGGAAUUUGAGACUAAUCUUGAGCUCCGUCAUGCCUAUAUGACCAGUUUACCUCAAUUAUUAACAAAUAUUGGAUGUGCCAAAUGGUGUGAAAGGUUAACCAGAUUGUUAUCUGAAUAUUGUGGUAAUCAUACAGAUUUGAGGACUCUUAGAGCAACAUUACAAGUUGCUGAAACAAUUCUUUCCAUGUUUCAUGUGAGAAUACCUUCCCAUUGUUUAGAAUUAUAUAGUGCAUUUUUAAAGUUACAUUAUGAUCUAACAGAAACUCCAAUUUUUGAUGAAGAAAUAAUUCGAAGCUUAGAAAGAUGUAUUUAUUUAUUAUAUAAUAUAACUCCAGCAAUUGGAUCGAAGGUUAUUCGAGAUGAUCGAAUGCGAAGUAUUAUUAAGAAUAAUUUACAUUUUAGUUGUUUUACUGAUACUAAAUACUGUAAUUAACAUAAAAUAUGUAUGAAUUUAA